AUCCUUGGACAACCCUUCAAAACUGAACUUGAACUCUUGUUCUGCUUCUUCUUCUUGUUCCCUGCGUGUGGAAGCCAAUGGCGUCCACUGUCUCUCUACCAAACGCAAUCGGACUCUGUCCCCGGAACAACCAUACCCUUUCAUCAACUUCUCACUGUAAACUAAACUCCAGUUCAAGUAUAGUUGACAUGAAGAUAUUACCUCAGAGUGGUAGUCGUAAAGUUGGACAUGGCCAAAGACAUUUACGAUUAUAUGGCCUAUUUGGAGGGAAAAAAGAUGGUGAUGAUUCACCUAAUAAGGGAGGAAUUCUUGGAAACAUGCAAAACCUUUAUGAGACUGUGAAGAAGGCGCAAAUGGUCGUCCAAGUUGAAGCAGUGAGGGUGCAAAAAGAACUUGCGGCAGCAGAAUUUGAUGGUUAUUGUGAGGGUGAGUUAGUGAAGGUAACGCUGUCUGGAAACCAGCAACCCUUACGAACAGAAAUUACUGAGGCAGCUAUGGAAUUCGGAUCAGAAAAACUUUCGCUUUUAAUCACUGAAGCUUACAAGGAUGCACACCAGAAGAGUGUCCAGGCCAUGAAGGAAAGAAUGAGUGAUCUUGCUCAGAGCUUAGGAGUGCCUGAAGGGAUUAAUGAAGGAAUGAAGUGAUGGAUAUUUUUUAUGAUAGACUAUGGCCUGGGCCUGAAUUUUGCAUACAAAACAUGGCAGAUAGCCUUAUUUCUUGAUUUAUUAUGACUGGCAUUUGCAAUGUUGAUUAUUCUAUAAUUUAAGCCUUCUUUUUCUUACA